AUACAACUAACCAAAUUACGAUAUCAAAUCUGUAAUCUUAGCCUGCCUGCCUGCAUUCAAUUCUAUUAAUAAUAGUGAAUACAGAAUGGUUAAUCCCAAAAGCAUCUCAUCAGUUUUGUUCCUUCAUUUUGCGCUCGCCUUUUUCUCAGUUGAAAUUGCUAAUGCACAAGACCUGAAUCCAGACUUCUACAAAACUACAUGCCAGAAUGUGAAAAACAUUGUGAAGAAAAAGAUGAAUGACACCAUAACUCGUGAUAGAACCCUAGCAGCUUCCUUGUUGAGAAUGCAUUUUCAUGAUUGCUUUGUUAGGGGAUGUGACGCUUCUGUGCUGCUAAACUCCACAAAUGGCAAUAAAGCAGAGAAAGAGGCCAUCCCUAACCAAAGCCUGAGGGGCUUCGAGGUUAUUGACGAGGUGAAAGCCGUGUUAGAGAAGCAUUGCCCGGGCAUUGUUUCUUGUGCUGACAUUCUAGCUCUUGUUGCCGAACGAGCGGUUCACCUGACAGGGGGGCCAUCAUGGCAAGUUUUUUUGGGGCGUAGGGAUGGAAAUGUAUCACGCGUCACUGAAGCUGUGCAACAAAUUCCAUCGCCUCUUUCCAAUAUCACAGUUCUGAAACAAAAUUUUGCUGCAGUAGAGUUGAAUGAAACCGACCUCGCAGUUCUAUCAGGGGCACACACCAUUGGGACGGCUCAUUGCUUUACUUUCGCAACACGUUUGUACAAUUUCACGGGAGAGAACGACAAAGACCCAAGCUUGGAUGAAGAGUACGUGCUUAAACUGCAGAGCGCAUGUCCGCCGCAGGCGAGCAACACGGCCAAAGUAGAGAUGGAUCCCGGGAGUUUCACAAGGUUCGACACCAGAUACUACAUCGGUGUCGCGAAACGCAGAGGGGUGUUGGGGUCGGAUGCCGCUCUCCUCACAAGUGACAUCACAAGAAAGUAUGUGCGAGGGCACGCCUCCAUUCCCACCGCAGCCUUCUUCGCAGAUUUCGCAAACUCAAUGGUGAAGAUGGGCAACAUUAGCGUCCUCACGGGCACUCGGGGCGAAAUCAGGAAGAUUUGUUCCCGCAUUAAUUAGUAAUUAAUCAAUUCUACAUCAUGCGGCAUGCGUGAAUAAAAAAAUAUAUAUAUACAUCCCCUAUCAUACGUUUUAUAUUCCGGCCCUUCGUUCCUUUUUAUAUAUUUAUACAUGGUUGUAUUGAUAAAGAAAAUGACAUGAAAAUAUUUUUCAUUAAAAAUACUUUCAUAAAAGUAUUAAUUUCAUAUAAAUAUAUCAAUUAAUUAAAAUAAUGGCUUGAUUCGAAGUUUACAAUCUUUAGUUGGAAAAAUAAAAAAUGACUAAAUAAAGGGACGAAGGAGUAAUACAUAAUAUCCACCCGCCCAUAAUAUAUAUUGCCCCCGCCUUGGCCCCGGCCCGAGCCUUUCUUUCUCUUAAUAUAAUCAUCCCUUUCUUUCCAUGUACGGAGUAUCUUCCUUUCUUUUAAUUUGUAUGUGUGUUACGUACACUGUUUUGUUUGAAUUCGAUCAGGAUGUGUAAUACUAUGAAUUAGGUUGUCGAUCUGGG